AUGGCUUCCACGAUAUCUUUUGGAGAACUGAAUGCUGGAAUCCAGGUCGGGGUCAAUAAUGCUCCCAUCAAUCAGAUCCAGUUGCCACCCGAGCGCCCUGAGACCCCUUCCGAGCCUCUUUCCACGGUUCCUUUCCUCCGUGACGUAGACUUCGUCGACCGCGGAACUAUCCUUGAGCAAGUCGAGGAGAAAUGUAUUGUGCGACCAUCGAGGCUGGCUCUUGUUGGGAUGGGCGGUGUUGGAAAGUCCCAACUAGCCAUCGAAUACUCCUAUCGCGUCCGUGAGAGGUCAGCGAAUACCUGGGUAUUCUGGGUCCACGCGAGUAAUGCAGCCCGGUUCGAACAGAGUUACAGAGCGAUCGCCUACCAAGCCAAAAUUCCUGGCUACCGGGACCCCAAAGCCAGCGUUGUAUCAGCAGUCGCUCUCAGAUUUGUCGACGAACGAAAUUUAAUCGAGGUUAAUCCCAUGGAUAGUCUCGACGCUUCAGCUUUGAUGAAGGCCAAACUCGGGUACCAAACAGAACAGGGGGUUGCCACCCAGGACGAUAUCAUGAAACUGACGGAGACUCUUGAAUUUAUGCCGUUGGCGAUCGUACAAGCAGCGGCCUAUAUCAGACAUCCAGCUUCCCGUUGUUUCGUCGCUCAAUAUCUUGAAGAUUUCCAAAGCAGCGAUUCACAAAAAUUGAAACUUCUUGAUUACGAUGUGGGUAAUAUCCAUCGAGAUAUGGAUGCCAAAAACUCGAUUUUGUUUCAUAGCAGAAGAUCAUCUUCUGCAAGCAAACACGACUCCCGCGAAGAUUCGAAGGAAAGUGGUGCCACCAACAUUGUGUUUGACAUUGAGCACGACAUCAUGAUGCUGAGGGACUAUUGCUUGGUCUCAAUGGGCCAAGACUCAUCGUCAUUUGAGAUGCAUCGACUGGUGCAACUAUCAAUGCAAAAAUGGCUCGCAGCUAACGGCGAACUUGAAAAAUGGAAGUCCGUGUUUGUUGAAAAGUUGGACAGCGAGUUUCCUGGAUGGGCUAAUGAUGAAGAUUGGCCCUUGUGUCGAUCUCUAUUCCCUCAUGUUCAAUCCGCUUUGUUACAAAAACCUCUGCCAAGACUUGCUCUAUCUCGUUGGGCUUCACUUCUUUAUAAAGCCGCUCAGUAUGGAUAUUUUCAAGACGAAGGCACUCGUCUAGAAGAGAUGGCUAUGGAAUCCAUGAAUGCUAAGAAAGAAAGCCUUGGCGAUAUGGAUCCUGGGGGUGCAAUUGUGCUAUCUUUGAUCUACGGGAGACGCGGACAAUGGCAAAGAUCCAUAGACAUGCUCGAGAGAGUGCAUAGAGACAUGAUGAAGAUAUAUGGGAAAGAGCACAUAUUUACGCUCGACGUCAAGAGGGAGCUGGCAACAGCAUACUACAGGAAGGGCCGGUUCCAGGAAGCUGAAACGUUGCAACUCAAGGAGCUCCAAAUCAGAGAAAUUCAAUUUGGUAACGAUGAUCUUUCGGUUGCUGCAAGUAUGCAGAAACUACUGUGGACCUAUCGCGAACAACGCCGAUUUCAAGAAGCCGUUGCCCUUGAAAGAAAUAUUAUCGAAAUCUACAAGAAACAAUUUGGCCCAGAAGAUCCAGCCACUCUUGCUACUGCAACGAGCAUGGUAGAUUCAGGUUUCUACCCUGAUCCUCGUCUACUAGAAGUAGCCGAGUCUCUCGGAAUUGAGGCAUUCGACAUUUGCAACAAAGCUCUGGGGCCUCAUCAUCCUAAAACUCUCAAUAGUGCAGGAUACUUGUCCAUGAUUCACCAUAUGAGAGGAAGGUAUGAAGAGGCCGAAACGCUCGCCUGUCAAGUGCUCGAGACGCACAAAGAAAUCCACGGGUCUGACCAUCCGAAGACUAUCACAUACGCAGAAAACCUAUCUGAGAUUUAUGUCGACAUUGGCAAAUAUCAAGAGGCUGAAGUCCUCACUCAACAAUUACUCGAGACCAAAACGAAAGUUUGGGGAGCUGCGCAUUUCAAUGUUCUGGAAUGCAGAGAAAGUUUAUCUGAAAUUUUGGUUGAACAGGGUCGAUAUCAAGAAUCCGAAACCAUUAAAUGCCAGGUUAUUGAGAGCUUCAAAGAAUUCCGGGGACCUCUAGGCUUCCAGGUAAUCAAUUCUAUUUGGGGGUUGGUAUGUCUAUACGACAAGAUGGAGGAAUUUCAAAAAGCCUCGUCGCUCCGGUAUCAAAUAUUCGAGGCCAGAAGCCUCAGCUCCGGUGCAGAACAUCCAAAGACACUAACCUCUUUGUAUAAUUUGUCCUUGAGCUUAAAGAGGCAAGGGAAAGAUCUAGAAGCCAUGGAUAAGAUGACAGAAUGCCGAGAUAAGCAGGCCAAAGUUUUGGGUGUUGAUCAUCCCGACACCAAGGAAUCGUCCAAGCAAUUACAGCUGUGGCAAACUCCUAGAUUGGAUAUUGGGGCUGCACCGAUGGAAACUGAUGCCACAUAA